CGCGCGUUACGGAGUAGACUGAAAAAAUACCUUUGUAGAGAUCGAUAUACGAACUGAUCCACCAUUCAGUUCAUAUAUUAUUCCAUUGACCAGUGAUCAGUAACCAGGUGACCAUGGCUGCUAUAUCUGAUUUUGAGAAGCAACGGCAGGAGAAUAUUCAAAGAAAUCGAGAACUUCUAAAACAAUUGAAUCUUGAUACAAUUAGUCAAUCUAUUUCUAAUGAAGUUCCUGAAAAAAGAGAUACUAAGAAGAGAAGAGUUGCAAGUAAAGCAAGACCUGUUAAACGAGAACCAAUUGAACCUUCAAGAAGGUCACGUCGUUUGGCAGGAAUACAGUCUGAACUAGACAAUCCAGAAGAAUUUGCCAAAAUUAAACAAGAAGAGGAUGAAAAGGAAAGACAGAAACAAGAAUUAGAGAGAUUACGUAGAACGCGUCUACUUGGAGAUUUCAGUCUUAUGGAUCUUGUAACUGAUAAGAAACUGGGUAAUUGGGUAUUUGAAAAUAAAGUAAUUAAGAAAGAAGAUGAAGAAGAAGAUAAAAUUGAAAAUAAUCAAGAAACUGUAACUGUACCACUUGAUGAAGAUAAUAAAGCUCUUGAUCUUUUAAGAAGUUUAGGAGAUAAAUUCUCAGCUGGAGAUUUCUAUGAAGAACUUCGAAAAGUUCCAAUAAAUAAUGAUAAAGAUAUAGAAAUUAAACGUAAAGAAUUUGAUAAUUUAAAAAUCUAUGAAAGAUUCGAUCCUUUAGAUAUUAAAUUAGCUCAUUAUAGAAUUACAUCAAUUAAUUUUCAUCCAUCAACUACUGAUAGAGUUGUAAUGGCAGGUGAUACUAAUGGGAAUGUUGGUAUCUGGGCUGUUGAUUCAAAUAAGGAGGCAGAUGAACCACUUGUUUCUAUACUUAAACCUCAUGGUAAAUCUAUUUCCAAAAUAUUAACUCCAGUACAAUCUCCUUCAAAGAUUUAUACAUCAUCAUAUGAUGGAUCGGUUCGACAAUUGGAUUUAAAUAAACUUGAAUCGAGUGAAUUAGCUUAUUUGAAUGAUCCUAUUGAAUCUGGAGAUUAUGCAUUGGGGAUUUCAGAUAUUAAUCAAUGUAGAGAUAAUCCUCAUAUUUUAUAUAUGACUACAUUAUCUGGUAACUUUUAUCGUUAUGAUACAAGAACUAAAUUCAAAUCUCCAGGCAUGAAGGAUUUAUUAAGACUUCAUGAUAAAAAAAUCGGGGCCUUUACAAUUAACCCCAAUGCAUCAUAUCAAAUAGCUACAGCUUCAUUAGAUAGAUCAUUAAGAAUAUGGGAUUUAAGAAAUACUUCGAAACUAAAUGCAUCAUGGUCUGAAUAUGAAAAUCAAGUAUCUCCUCAUCUUUAUGGUAAAUAUAUUUCAAGACUUUCAGUUUCAACUGUUGAUUGGAAUCUUGAUAAUAGAUUAGUAUGUAAUGGAUAUGAUGAUAGUAUAAAUUUAUUUGAUUUUAGUGGUUCUGAAAAGAAUUCAACUCCAAUUACUAAAUGGUCUACAAAAUAUACUGUAUCUAAAUCACCGGAAAUUGAUACGGCUGAUUUUAAACCAUUUAAUAAGAUAAGGCAUAAUUGUCAAACUGGUCGUUGGGUAUCAAUUCUUAAAGCUAGAUGGCAAUAUUCUCCUCAAGAUGGAGUUCAAAAAUUUAUAAUUGCAAAUAUGAAUAGAGGGUUAGAUAUUUAUGAUCAAAAGGGUCAAAUAUUAGCUCAUUUAUCGGAUUCAGUAGGAGCAGUUCCAGCUGUUUGUACUUUACAUCCAACUCAGAAUUGGGCUGUAGGAGGUAGUGCUAGUGGGAAAAUAUACCUAUUUAAUUAGUUAGAAAUAGUUUUUAAUAUACAGCAUA